CCUUCUGUGAGGUUGUAUGGUUGUUGGCUUCGUGUAGUUUUUCUGUGGCUUGGUUCUUUAUUGUAUGUCUUUAUUUUAUCAUAUGAUUCUAUGAUGCACCGCUGCAGCUGACUGUAGGCUCUGUUGGCGUUGUCGCUACUGCAAUACACAAUUGACAUGAUGAGACUGCUUUUAUCAAUUUUGGUUACUUAUUUUAUGGCUCUAGCGUUUUAGUCUGCAGUACAAGAUCUGACAGCGUUGGCAGCAGCAGCAGCAGCAGCAGCAGCAGCAGCAGAAACUGAUGCGUGUUUGUGUGUUUCGAUACACAUGCCAUGAACACUUCGGAAACGGUGCCAGAAGUGGCUGCAUACCCUGCCGCAUGGAACACUACCGCUCCUUUGGAGAAACUGCCUCUGGACUCCAACUUUGCUUGGCUGCUGUGUGCACUGCUCGCGGCUACCGCAUGGGUCAUCUACAUCACAUUCUACAAUGCCCGUGUUUUGGGCUUCCUGCUCACCAAAAUCCUCAACCGUUUUGUGGGGAAAGCGUAUCUCAAAAUUGGAUCUGUGUCUCUCUCAGUGCUCUCGGGGAAGCUGAUGUUCCGAGAUGUUGCAUAUGUCACCCCAGAUUACACCAUACGAGCUCAGGAUGGCUGGGUGAUUUUUCGCUGGUGGAUUCCAUAUGUCAAAAAAGAAUUUCCUCGCACAUGCGCCGAUGCAGAGGCUCGUGUGUUUGUGCUCCUGAAUGGCCUGGAGCUGCACAUUUAUAACCGGUCGCAGCUGUAUGCGCGGUUGGAGCAGCUGUUUGGCUUGGAACCCAGUGUGCUGCCCAGUGGUCAUGAACAACCCAAGCCUGAAGAGCCAAACAGUGCAGUGGAAGACCAUCCCUGGCGAGACCUUGUCCCGGUUGUUAAGCUGGAAGUAUCAACUGGCCGCUUGGUAUUUGGAAAUCGCCUUCUCCCGACAACGAUUUCAAUCCGUUUUGAAGAAGGCCAUGCUACGUACAAGACGAGAGCUGCUGCAUCCAGGAUUGACUUGUUUCAGCACACACUUGAUUGCCGGCUUGACAGUUUCAAGGUCAUGUUGGCUCCCAGCCCAAAGUACAUAGGUGUACCUGAUGAACCCCCGCGCUUCAUGGGUGAAGGCUUUGUCGUGCUUCAAUCAAACAGGGUUCAUCUGUUCUACUAUCAAGAUGAAGCAGGAUUGGUUCCAGCUGAGCAGGAAGUGGUGCAGCUGGCUAAUGGUGACCUGGUGGAACGGCGCAGUGCUCCAACGUGGGGCCUGGAUGCCAAGUGUGGGCGAGGCACCAGUUUCAGCUAUGGGCCAUGGGCAGACCGUCAGCGGGACAAGCUGAUGCAGUUCUUCUUCCCACAGGACUACCAGCCUCUAAAGCCCACGUCUCAGCCUCAAGUGGGUGAGAGGCGGCGUGCACAGUCAUUUGAUCUGCGCCUCAGCACCACAGCUGAUGCUACCUUGGAUCUGCUCUUCUCCAAGGAAAAGGAGACCAAUGCUGUGCACAUGACGGUGAAGCAAGGCUCGUACUUAGAGCUGACCCUGCCCUGGCAAGUGGUUGAGGAAGGCUACACUACUCGAGUGACUGGUCAGCUUUUUCACUUGGAAGCCUCAACGAGUCUGCCUUUCAGAAAUUUACUGGAGAGCGAGAUCCUUGGUUUUGAUGUACAAGGCAAGUACCCACUUAUCUGGAAUGGCCACCAAGAUUGGCAGUGCAGCUUGGCUGGUUGCCGCAGCUCACUGACAUUGCUGCAUACACACAAGGGCUUCUUUCAAGCCUUGGUGGAAGAUUGGGCAAGUAAGGCCAGGCCUGAUAUUCUUCGCUUUGUCCCCUACACCUGGCACCUCAACAUUGUGUUGACUGAAUUUGAGCUCAUUACACUGGCCAACGAGUACAACUGGGUUGAUUGUGCUCAUCAUGAAAAUGCCCGAGUGGCCUUCUGUGGCGAGGUCUUCGACUUGUCAUUUGACCUUCCCUUUGUGGAUUUCCUGCCCCCUCAGCUUGGACUCAAGUUUUGGAUUCAGGCUGAAAGCGUUUCCAUGUUGGCCUCUCUACCUGAGGGUGAUCCUCAUCGUGAACUGCUCCUGCUUCUAGACCACAGUGCCUUGGUUACUGACCGAAUGGGAGCUCCCAGACCACAGCCGCCUCCAGACAGAAAAUGGCACUUUGUAGCCCAGCCCAGCAAGGGAUGGGUGGAAGUGGUCUCAGUGCCCAUAGUGGCACUCAGCCUGCAGUAUACCUACCACCCCAUUCCUCCAUUGGACUUCGCACACCCACUGGAUUUUGAUGUGACCACACCUGAAAAGGAAGAGCUGCUGCUUUCACCGAUCCGCCCACCCAAAAAGCGUGCAGUACUGGUAGCACCAGAUGACUUUGAUCCAGGUUCCAUGACACCUGAUGUUCUUUCACUGGAGCUGGAGAUUGGACCUUCGGUGCUGUCAUUAGAAGGUGUAGUGCUGCACCUGUUGAUGCAGCUAAAGGAAAACUACUUUGGAGCCUGUCAGGACUAUGUUGACAUGGAGGCCGAUGCACCUACUACAGCUGUGAGGCUGCCUGAAGGAGAUUUUGAUCCGCGUUGCUUCAGGCCUCUUGAUGUGCGUGCAACCCUCAUCAUGCAUGACAUGCAAGGCCAUCUCAUGAAGGGCUGCAGUGAGCAGGAGCCUCCAUGCCCAUCUCUGUACCUGGAGCGCCUUCAGCUGGAGGUCUGCAAAAGCCAUCGCGAGAGCCAGCUGCAGCUAUUGCUCUCACCACUUGUAGCUGUCUGCCCGGGAGAAAGAUCGCAGGGACACCUCGCCCUGUCCUCGUUUCAAGUACGUGCACAAGCAUUGUUCUCAGGAGCAGAACGUCCCCUUGGCAGUGAGACUCUAGAGUAUGCCUGGCUGGUGGAACUUCAAGCAGGAGAUAUUACUGGACGGCUCACUGUUCCUCAGCUGUAUGACCUGGUUGCUGGAGCAGAGCUGUUUGUGCAGCAGGCACAGCACAGCAGUGCGGCGUUGGUGCCCCCCCAAGGUCGCAUUCACUGUCAGCAUGACCAACCUCAGACUGAGUGCUCUCACGCUGAGUCUGGCUGCCCAUGCCCCGUAUCAGAUGACCUCAAGUACCGCAUGACAAGGUUCUCCCUGGACUAUUUUGACGUCUGCUUGGAAGAGGCCAGCUCAGUGGUCUGCUUUGAGCUGGGACCACUGAAGCUCACCCAGUGCAACCUACACUCGGAACAGACAAGUUCAGGACUAAGUUUGCAGCUGCGAGCUGUAAAUGUAGCACAGUUCCUGCUGUCUCAUGAUUUGCCUUGGCUCCAGACGGGCAAGCUGGAGUUUGGGCCCCUUGUGAUGGACAACUGGUCACAGGGGCUGCUGCCUCAAAACAGCCAGGAGGGCUUCCUUCGCACUCAUGACAAGACAACACACCGUCUUUGGUUCCUCUGGGGAGACAACCGUGCUGGAGGUCGCUGUGGCUGUCUAGGCGGUUGCUUCUUCUUUGGCUCUCAUGAUGCAACAGAUGGUUCACCUGCGGGUGAUGCCGGGCAGGGACAAGAAGAGUCACGCCACUCUGUGUUUCGCCAGCGCAGCAGCCCAGCACAUCGCCAGCCAGCUGCAGUUAGCUUUGCCCGUUCCGCUUCGGCAUGUGACAGGCCUGACAGCCGUUCCCGAGAGGCAGCUGAUGACACGACUGAUCGUAGACGUAGCAAUGGCUCAGCUGUGCGGCGUGCUGUGUCAACGGACUCCACACACUCCUCGGAAGCAUUUUUUUCUGCUGAUGAAGAUGGGGCUGCUGCAGGGCGUUUACAAGACGAUGGUGAUCAAAACUCGGACAAGAGGCGCCGGUCAUUUUGUGUGCGGGGCUCAUCUUCGGCCAGCUCCAGUCUUGACCGGCGACGCCAUGCCAAGGAGCAGGACCCUGAUGCUGACUCCAACUCGGUGUCAAGCACAUCUUUUCUCUCAGCUGUGUCAUCACAGGAGGAUGUUACCCUUGUGAACCUGCACCAUCAAAUGGAUCGUCCAAUAACUGAGUCGCCUCUGCUGAUGGCAUGUUACGCAGCCCAUUUGUCACAGUACCAGGUGGCCAACUGGGAGGAGGCUGCGGCACCACUGCCUCACUUGGUGACACGACCCACAGAUGGGGCGCCUCCUUCAGCAUCCUCCUUUCUGCACACCAACUCGUGCUGGAAACCUCGCUUCACACCCUGGGGCACCCGUGGGUUCUCUGAUGUGCGCAUGGUGGCACGGGCACGAAGAGCUGCAUCCAUUGGAGCUGCUGGCAGCAGUGCUCGUCCAUCACAGUCCACCACGAAAAAUAACACAGAGGUAAUCUGAUUUUUUCAUUUCCAAAUGCCUCUGAGAAGAGCCCAUUAGGCAGCAGCUGGGGCCCUGCUUAGUAGCACCUCUUGCGAGUCGCUGCACAUAUAGAAUGCAGAGAAACCCGAGUUCAGUGUUGCCAAAAACCUCGCUAAUUCAUAUUUCACAGGGCUGAAAAAAAUGCCCGAAUCAACUGAAUGUCAAAUUAUCGAAGGUAUCUAGAGAACAAUAAAGAAAUCCCUACUAAAU